AUGGUACUUUAUCCAUAUGGUCUGGAGCUCACCCCAGAGCGUGAAGUUAUCUUAUUCUCCAAUCAAGUGCUAAUGGAGCCAAUCAUCCCAUACAAGCCUAGAUCCUCUAGUUCGAUCUGGAAAUGCUCUCACCCGGACUGCAUUGCAUAUCCACGCUCCAAGAGAGCCAUUUUCUGCCGAGCAGUGCAACGACCUCUCCGGGCAUUUAUAUUCAUUAUUGGCAUCCUCACUGUUGCAUCGCAAUGCUUCCUUUAUCUCUUUCAACAUGAUCUCGCCUUGGAUGUGUUCCCCAGUGAACACUACUCGAGGCUUUCUAACUGGUCUAACCACGGCGUCAUCCCCGUACCAUGCAACUCGCACAACGACUACUGGCGUCACAUCCCCCUACACUCAGCACUUCGUGCAGGAUGUACCGGUGUCGAGGUUGAUGUCUGGCCAUGGGGAAGUGAUAUCUUAGUGGGCCAUUCACCUUCCACAGUCCUCCCGGGAACAUUGCAGAGCCUCUAUCUUGACCCGUUACUGAAGGUGCUCGACACACACAAUGCACCUCCUUCUCGUAACUGGCCGAAAGUUACAAGUCAGGAAAUGGUCGGGCUAUUUUCCUAUGACCCAAGACAGACCCUGACCUUGCUGAUCGAUUGCAAAACCGAGGGUGAUCGGACCUGGGCUCUUCUUCUCGAACAGCUGAACCCGUUGCGUGAAAAGGGCUACCUGACUCACUUCAAUGGCUCUGAUGUUGUAUACGGCCCAAUUACUGUUGUUGUCGGUGGAGAUGCACCUUUUCAUAUGAUCGCCGAGAACUCGACCUACCGCGAUGUCUUUUACGAUGCACCUCUUGGCAACUUGACCUUCCCCACUGGAAUAACGGCAGAUUACAACAAACUAAUGGAGUCCACCUAUAACCCAUUCAACAGCUAUUAUGCCUCAACAGAUUUCCACAAGACUAUUGGGCCUCUGUAUCUUGGUCGUCUGUCGGAUGCUCAGCUCGCUAUUCUUCGGAGUCAGAUACAUGCAGCCCAUGAGUUGGGACUGAAGGUACGGUAUUGGGGAACUCCUAAUUGGCCGGUUGGACUGCGGAAUAAGGUUUGGCAUGUACUUGUGCACGAGGGUGUGGAUGUGGUAAAUACGGAUGAUUUAAGUGGUGUAACUAAGCAGGACUGGAAGCGUCGCCACUGGUGGCAGUGGUGGGUAUAA